GAAGGAAAGGAAGGAGGUGGAAAGAUACUUGAUCUCCUGGGACACUCAUUCGCAGCCUCCUUAGCCUUUGGCCCUUCUCUCUAGGGAGAAACUGUUUACUGGACUGUGCCAUCCUCAAGUGAGGAUAGAGUCUCCAGGUCAGCCAAAGGUCAGGUCCUCAGGUCUGGGUGGUCCAGGCCAGGGCGCCCUCCUCCUCUAAAUGCACCACUGUUGGCCCUAGAGCUUGGAGGACAGAGGAGGGCUCGCUUGGGAGUGGGUGGGCACCCAGGCCAGUUUGCAGAGCUCCGGCUAGCUGUUCCAUUUCUUCUUUGGUUCCCUGGAGAAGGGAAAGCAAUUUGCAGCAGCCUGAGGUAGGCUGUGCUGACUAAAAUUAGCCCUAAUAUUCUGAUGAGGUUGGGCACCCUGGCCUGUGUGGGGUGGCUCAGGGAAACUCUCCAUGGAGAAGACACAGGGGAAGCCGGGAAGUAGUUUGAAGCCCAUGAGGGGCCUGGCCCCAGCAGACCCUCCCACACCAGCCUGGAGACCACAGAAGCGGACAGCCCCUCCCGGGUGUCCGGACCCUGACUCCAUCUCCAGCAGAGGCACCAAGGUUUGAACUUGCCACGGGAAGGGAGGCUGCCUCCAAUGUGCGAGCAGCACUCUCUUGGGACCUGGAACGUUUAUCCUGGCUGAGUGCCCACCCCAAGGAGACAGGGGUACUGAUUUCAAACACCUGCAGGUGUCAUGGUCUGUGUGGUCUAGGAGGGCAGCAGGCCACAUGCAGAGCGGAAGGUGGAAGGGGACAAGUGAGGGUCCUAGCUAUCCCAGAGAGAACUUCUGAACAGCCAGCACUGCUCAGAAAUGGACCAGGCUGUAUCUGAAGGUGAUGAGCAUUCUGUCAUCGAUGGUGGCCAAGCAGAAACUCGUGCCUGGGGAAUUCUUGUGCUCAUAUGGCUGGUUCCAAGUGAUAGGAACAUAGGGUCUGGCUGGCUGGCUCCCGGGGGCUAAGGGGAAUGGCAUGGAGGGAGCCACCAAGCAGCCCAUCGCCCUCUCUGUGUGACCUGGUUGAAGCAUCUCCCAGAGAAAAUUCCACCAUAGCUCCCUCCAGGCUUGACAUGUUUGGCUGACCCAGAGUCCUCUGAAAAAUAGGGUGGUUUCAAGGAGUUUAGCAAAGAUGGGAAUAGGCUGGGCCCUCACUUUGCCCCUUUGGGGAACUCCUGCCUGGCCACCAAGUCCUCUAGGCAGGAUAACUGACAAAGGGAAGGCCUCCAUCCUGCGAGGGCCACUGGCCCUGACUUCCUCCUGAAGGUUGCCCACCCAGACAGAGCCAGCCCUCCUCUGCCCUAGCAGGGGGUGGGGGCGGACUUGCUCCUUGGUUGUCCUCUGUGGCUGGACCCUUCACCGCCCUUGGCUCCAGGUGGAUUAAGUCUGUCUGCAAGCUGAUGGAGGAAACAAGGUGCUGGGGCCCGGAAGGAAGGGAAAGGCAUAACCAGACAUCUUACCACCCCAUCAGGUUUCAGUGUAAUCCAGGAUUAAUUGUGUGCGGGGGAAGAAGAGGGACUGGAAGCCAAGCCCAGGGCCCCCAGGAAAGGUGAUGGUCAAAAGAGUUUUCACAUUACCUCACCCCUCCUGGGACCCAGGUGUCCUAGUUCCACACAUGCACAUGCCCGGAAGGUCCCAGGCUCCCCCUCCCUUUUGGAGAGGAGGGUAUAUGAGGCUGAAGCUGAACCAGAACCUGGAGACGAGGCCGCUGGGGCAGAGACCCCACCCUACCUGACAGGCAUUGCUACUGAAGCUGACUUUCCACUGGAGUUGCCAAGGGCUGUGCUGCCCUUGAGCCAAAGCAUUCGUGUGUGGGUGACUGGCCGGAAACCAGGCUCCUCUGGCUCUCACACCUGUCACUCACCUGGAAUGCAGGCCCACCUCCAGAUUCUCCGCAGGGCAAUGAGCAGGAGCCCCUCUGCAUCCCACACCCUGCCCCACGCCCAAGCUGCCAUCCACUGCCUCUCACUGUGGAGGAAGCUGAUGGGGUGGCCAGGGUUUCAGGUGUCUGGGGAUGGAAUCCAGGUAGGGUUCCAGGAUUUCAAGUCCCUCAUGGAUUUAUUGGUCUUGAACCCUCCGAUCAGAGCAGGAGCCCAGGUGGGAGGGCUCAGGGCUCAGAAGCGGGCAGAAGUGCCAGAGUUCAGGGCAGGCUGGGGAAACCAGUUCUUUUCGGAAGCAGCACAACCUACCUAAAGGUAUGGACUCUGGAGCCAGAAAGAGCAGGUCUGAUCCCGGAUUCUGCUAAUACCAGCUCUGGGGCCCAGCCAAGGGGCUUCAUUUUUAGAGCCUCAGUUUCCUUGUCUAUAUAGUGGGAAUAAUAUGUUAGGGUUGAGGUGAUGAAACGGGAGUAAGUAUAUAAUAGCAUAGUACAAACAGUAAGUCCUUGUGUCAGAGACCUGAGAAGGUGACAGUUUGGUCAGUGUCUCUGAGGAGCUCAGUUUCUGGGGGGUCAAGACCAACCCUUGGCCAAAGCCAUCAGGGAAGGAGGGGAACCCUUGAGUUGAGACUUCUGUGACCUGAGCCAAGCCGCGGUGCCAAGGCAGGUCUCCUGGGGAGACAGAUACAAACGGCCACGAGACAAAGAGGAAUUGGGGGCACAGAGAGAAGCAGAGACAGGGCUUAAGGGAGUGGCUAUAGCCUGAAGGGCUGGCCGCACCCCAGAGCCUGUAAUUCCACCCACGGCUAAGUUAUCUGGAGCCGUGUGGAGAUAGGGUCUUGGUGACGGGAGGCAGGAAUCUGAUCUUCCCUGGCCUCUCUGCUCACCCCACUCUUGGGAGCUCUCCUUUGCAGCAGUCCGCGGGGCUGAGAGCCAUCUCCUCUGCCCACCGCAAGCCUGUUUGCCUUCUCCCCCUGCCAGGCCUCUCCGGAACACUGGCCCUGCUACCAGAGCCUCAGGAGCCCCCAUGAGUGCCAGCAGCGGGUGUCCUGGAUAGCAAGACCCUGGCUAGUCCAGGGGUGGGUACGCCAUCAUGCCGCCCUUCCUCCAGCGCCUGCAGCAGGCCACCAAGAUGGUGAGCCGCAGGAAAGUCCUGCUGCUGGUGCUAGGGUGCGGCACCUUGAGCCUCCUCAUCCACCAGGGCGCACAGCUCAGCUGGUACCCCAAGCUGUUCCCUCUGAGCUGCCCGCCUCUGCAGGACUCCCCACCGCGCCCCAAGCACAUGACCGUGGCCUUCCUGAAGACGCACAAGACGGCGGGGACCACGGUGCAGAACAUUCUGUUCCGCUUCGCCGAGCGCCACAACCUGACGGUGGCCUUGCCGCACCCGCGGUGCGAGCACCAGUUCUGCUACCCGCAUCAUCAACCACGCACCACAGACCAGGUCAUAGUGGAGCCCAUCGCCAUCGUAGGCCCCAUGGUCACCAUCGCCAUGGUGUGUCCCAUCAUCAUGGUGGAUCUCACCUCGACUCCCCUGACAGUGCCUUCUCCCGCCACUCCCCCAACCCCUCCACCACCUUUGCCUCGACUGGGUCUCAUGGUACUGUCAUCUCCCACCAUACCCAUGAGAAGGUACCCAUUCGUGAUGAGCACCACCGUGGUAGCAGGAGACAUCAUGGUAGGCCCCCCGACUUUAGUGAGUUUCGCCGUCAUGGUGGGCUCCAUCACGAAGCACCACCGCAGAGAGCACCCCCAUGGGGAGUACCCUCGUGUCAGCUCCAGAGACUUGCACACGGGCCUCAGCGUGGCCAGAGUCAGCUCACUCUUUCAACCUACCACGGCACACAAGCAGAGCACGGCCGUUAGCUUGACGCAUUCCCUCAGUGCCGUUCGCUCACCCAGCAAAACCUCGCGGGCCCACAAGAAGGCGUACAGUGAGAACUUCUGCAGUAAGCUGUUCGGAAAUUUUUGCUCCCUUUUGUACGGCCUCCGGAGAAUGCUCAAUGCCCUGACCCAGUCCCUGUUCUUCGACGCCUUCAUCUUCAUCGUUGUCUGCCUCAACAUCAUCAUACUUGUGGCCCAGACCUUCGCUAAGGUUGAGGUCCGGGGUGCAUGGUACUUCAUGGCCUUUGACUCCAUCUUCCUCUCCAUCUACGUGGUGGAAGCUUUGCUCAAGAUCAUUAGUAUGGGCCUCGACUAUUUUUAUGAUUCCUGGAACAUUCUGGACUUCUUCAUCGUGGCCACGGCCGUGCUGGAGUUCACACUCGUGCAGUUCAACUCCCGCUCCUUGCAGCGCACCGUCUACAACCCCAACUUCUUCCGGAUCUUCAAGGUCUUCAGGAGCCUGCGGGCCCUGAGGGCCGUUCGAGUGCUGAAGAGGCUCAGCUUCCUGACCAGCCUCCAGGAAGUGACCGGGACCCUGGUGCGGUCCAUGCCCUCCAUCACGGCCAUCCUCGUCCUCAUGUUCACCUGCCUCUUCCUCUUCUCGGUGGUGCUGCGGGGACUGUUCCGCCAUUCCGACCCCAAGCGUUUCCAGAACAUCUUCACCACCGUCUUCACUCUCUUCACCUUGCUGACUCUGGACGACUGGUCCCAAAUCUACGUGGACAGCCGGGCCAACGGCGCCUGGUACAUCAUCCCCAUUCUCAUGAUUUACAUCAUCAUCCAGUACUUCAUCUUCCUCAACCUGGUGAUUGCUGUCCUGGUAGAUAACUUCCAGAUGGCACUGCUCAAAGGCCUGGAGAAAGUGAAGGAGGAGAGGGCCGCCCAGAUCCAGGAGAAGCUGCUGGCUGAAUCGCUGAUGAAGCUCAAGGAAGCAGAGUCUGAGGAGGUGCUGAGUGAACACACGAAACAGAAGCUCCUCAUCGAGAAAAAAUUUGGGACCAUGACCACGAAGCAACAGGAGCUCCUGUUCCAUUUCCUGCAGCUGGCCACGGGGGUGGAGCAUUAUCAGCAGAAGUUCCGUUCCCAGGCAUCCGUCAUUGAUGAGAUCGUGGACACUGCGUUUGAGGCUGGCGAAGAGGACUUCAGGAAGUGA